AUGGCGACUCUCGCUUUAGCCAACAUCAUGUGCCCCAAGUACGGAUUUGAUGAUCCGUUGUUGGAAAAGCUUUUUGCCCACGUUCCUGGAGCGAUAGAAGGAAAUAAGUUUGAUGUUUACAUGAAAUCUUUAUUCCCUCCCUGUGAAUUAGAUGUCAUAACCUUACAAUUAUCACACUCCAAGGAAGAGAUGAUUGAAUAUUCCAGAUGUGACUCAAAGGUAUUUCAACAAUUCUUCUCGUUCAAUCAAAAUCGGCUGUGCAUGACCUUCAACAGCCUACCACAUGUUCACAUGUUCCGACCAAAUGUGGUAAUCCCUUCAGUUGUGGCGGGAAACCCGAGAAAUUCAAGGUACACGGAAUGGUCUUACGAUAACAUGAUGGACUUUCGCGGUAGUUUAGAUACUGUGCCUAUUUACGGUCUAGAGGAAAUCCUUCUUGUCGUUCACAAACAGGAAGAAAACCACCAAAAUCUUUGUACCCAUCUCAGCAAAGACGUCCCCUCCGUAAUCAUCCACAGCCCGAAUGAAAUUCCACUCUACUUUGAUAACGAAAUAGAACACAUGCUUCGAAAAAACGUCAGAUUCAUGAAGAUGUUUGAUGUUGCAGUCGCUCCAAGAAUUUCCCUCGCUCGUAGUGAUCUUGCACAGUACUCACCUCGUCAACGUGGAUGUUUGUUCGCCCACGAGAAGAACCUGCACCUGUUUAAAUCCUACACAAAGAGAAACUGUGAGUUAGAAUGCAUUGUGGAACUAUAUUUGAUGUCGUGUGGCUGCUUGCCCUACUUCUACCCUAGACAUAAUGAUUCAGUGAAGGUGUGUCUUCAUCCUUGUAGUAGACCCAAGUACAAAUGUGAUUGUCUACCAGAUUGCAACUAUCUUACUUACGACCUUAUUACCCAAGAGACCCCAGGACCUCUGAUGGAGGAAACCAACUCGACUCCUCGCGCUUACAUUCAGGUGAUGAUGCGAGGGAAGACUUUCUACACCACUAUCAGAUACAGCAUCACCAGCUUCGCUGAGUUCCUCGCUUACAGUCUUGGAGUUCUCGGAGUGUUUCUCGGUUUCAGUGUUACAUGUAUGUGGAGAUUGUUGUACUUUGGAGCUGUAAACAUUAUGAGAACCAUCAAAGCUUACUGUACUAAAGAAAUAUUUCCUGUACCAUAG